ACUCUUUUACUUCAUGGAUUAACAGCGAGAACACCGACGAAAGAUUCUCUCUAAAUUUGUUUAAAUUUGUAUUAAAUUGUAAAACGUAUUAAUAAAUAGUACAAGGCAAUUAUCUCACGCAAGAUAUCUAAUAAUCAAAAUUGAUAUGUUACAAUAUUACCACAGAUGAAUUUAUUCUUACAAUUUAAAUAUCGCGGUACUUUAACAUAUACCUUUUUAUACAUAUUUAACUGAAUUAAAUUUGCGAGGCUAGUUUACAAUAAACGCUUUAUUUUCCUAUAAAAUAAGUUAGGACUAUUAAAAUGGGCGCUGGACAAAGUGCUCGUAGACUUACUAUUAAUAAUGAAGAUGAUAUAGAUGUUAUUAAAGUAUCUAAUUCAAUUGUACAACGAUUGACUCAAAAAGCAAAUGAAGCUAAUAUCAAAUCAACGAAUGAAUUAGAAUCGCCUAAUUUGGCACAACCCCUUGGUAAUAAAAAUAUACCUUCACCACCACCUGAAAGUCGAAGUACACCAGUGAGUUCUGGAUAUCCAACAUAUUAUUAUCCACAAAUGACAAUAACUGCUCUUGAAAUGCAGCAACAAAAAGAGCAAGAGCUACUGAAGCAAGAUCAAUACUGGAAAAAACGAUUAGAAAACUUAGAGAAAAAUCACGUGAAAAUUAAUCAAAUUAUAAAUGAGGAAUAUAAAAAGGCUGUGGAAGAGUUAUAUGUGGAUCGUGAUAAAAAGAAUGUGAAUAUUCAUAAUACUGUACAACCAUGUUUGGGAAGUAUAGACAAGGUAUUGAAGUGUUACCAGGAGUAUCCCAAAGAAAUUUUGAAGUGUUCUAAUUUAGUUGAAGAAUUUUCUAAUUGCGUAGAUGAACGACGUGCAACAGUUAUUGCCGCACGUUGUUAAUAUUUUGCAACAUUACGUAUAGUAAUUGUUUCACAUUUUAGUAACUCAAACUGGUGUGAAAUUUAAUGUUGUUUAAUAAAAGAACUUUUAGUUAUUGCCAAUAAAUUAAAUUAUAUGUAUUAAAAUGUUGAAUAUUUAUUACAUUUACAUUACUAACAGCAUUUAGAG